GAGAGGCGCGCAUGCGUAUUACCGCCCAACCGCCCACCGCCCGCCACCCCCGCGAGAGCGAGACAGAGAGGCAGCUAGAGACAGACAGGGAUAGAGGCAGCCACUACGCUCGCUGCUAGCCAAAAACUAACCGAAAAAAUAAAUUCGUGGGUGCUGAAAUGAAACCGAAAAACGCACGAAAUUCAUAAAAAUAUAUUUCACCCAAAAGCUGUGCUUACUUACUGUGCGUGUGUGUGUAAUGGUGUGAAUGCGCGUGUGUCUGUGUGCGUUAACAAGUGCAGAAUGAAAAAUCAUAAACAAAACAACAAAACGGUCAACAAGUUUUUUUGCGUAGAACCGCAAAAUUCCAGGUAAACAACAACAGCAGCAGCAGCCGUGUUUUUUUGUUACCAAUAUUGUUGUAUUGUUGCAACUCGUUUCGGUUGUUGUCAAAGCCACACACAAAGCGGGUCAAAUGCAUAAAUAAAUGAAUGAAACGAAAUAAAACGAGGCGCGAUGAGAAGCGAAAAGUUGUUAUUAUCAUUUGGCCUGAAGCGAAAUUAAUUACAUCGCGCAUUGUCGCUGCAGAAAGUAAAUAUACAAAAGCAAGAAAUCAAGAAAGCCACAAAGAAAGAAGUAUCUUGCGCCGCAAUCAGUGAAGUUUCUACAAAGUCUCGCGAGUAUCUUCUGCUCAUUAUUCGGAAUACAGCCAUCCCGCUCGCUCGCACUCGUAGAGCAGCUCGAAAAGCUCGAACUAUAAACAAAUGAGUGUAUCUGCUGGAUGCGUUAGCCACCCGAGCACCUGUCGCUUCAAGUAAGCACCUCCGGAUUGUCAACACCAAUGGCUGCUAAACAACGGGCCGGCGUACGAUUUCCCAAACCAGCAGCACAGAUAAGUCGACAGCACGACUUGAAUUAUUGCACGCAACAGCGACAGCAGCAGCAGCAGCAGCAGCAGCAGCAGCAGCAGCAGCAGCAACAGGCCCAUCUACAGCAGCCACAGCCAUAGCUGCGGCAGGGGCGGAAAAGCGAGGAAAAGCGGCUGGAAAAGCAGCCAAAGACGCAGCAGCUUCAUU